AUGGAAAAACCUCAGGAUCCAAGACUUCAAUUCUGUGGAUCAUACAACUCAGCAAUGUUUAAGAUCCUUUCUAUACUUAAACUAUGUGGUGAGGAUAUAACGGAGGAAGAUAUGCUUGAAAAGACUUUCUCCACCUUCCACACAAGUAAUGUGUUGCUACAGCAACAAUACCGUGCAAAAGAAUUCAAGACUUAUGCGAGCUUGAUUUCAUGCUUAUUACUUGCUGAGCAAAACAAUGAGUUACUGAUGAUAAAUAGUGAGAUGAGACCUCCAGGUGCCACACCUUUACCUGAAGCCGAGAAAGAUGCUAAUCACGUCCAAUCCCACAGCCAUAGGCGUGGAAGAUUUAAUGGACAGGGCCGUGGUCAAUACAAUUCAGGCCGCGGACGAGGCAGUCAAUCUGGUCGAGACCAGAACCAAAGACGCUCGUUUAGACGAGGUCAUGCUCGAGGCUGCGGGUCUUCAUUCAUACCGCAGCAUUCAAACAACUCGACCAAAUCUGUAUGCCAUCGGUGUGGAAUGAGUAACCAUUGGGCAAAGACUUGUAGGACUCCCAAGCAUCUAGUGGAGCUAUACCAAGAAAGUAUGAAAGGGAAGAAUCCUGAAGCCCAUAUGGUGAUCCAUGAUAAUGAAAACGAUUUCGAUCAUGAAAAAGAUGAUCUAAUGGGUUAUGAAACUUCAGAUGUUCUAAAGGAUUGA